AUGUUUCCUUCAAUGGUCUCUUUCAAAAUAUUAAAAAGUUAAAUUGUAGGAGAAUGUCUGAGAACAAACCACCUACAAAAUACAGUUCCAAUACAAGACAACAUUCGAGAGACAAUUCUGUAGAGGUGGACAUCACUCUCAAUAAACAUCAUUUUCUAAUUAUUCACGUUAUUGGGGUAGGUGGAUUCGGAAGAGUCUGGAAGGUCAGUUAUAAAAAAAUAAGUCUUUGCUAUGAAAGAAAUCAGUAAGGCUUUGGUGCUUUUUAAAUAAAGUGUGCAUUGCAUUAUGAGAGAAUUGUAAUUUUUAACUGAAUUGAGACACAAUUUCAUAAUCAAUGUAUUUGCAGCAUUUCAAGAUAAUUAGAAUCUCUAUUUGGUUCUAGAUUAUUUGGGAGGUGGUGAUUUACGAUUCCACUUAGGAAGGUAGAGGAAAUUUACAGAAGAAUAGACAAGUAUUGCAAUUUACAAUUAUUAAAAUAGAGUUUUUCGCCGCUUGUAUUAUAAUUGGAUUGGAGUAUUUGCAUGAGAAUAAUAUCAUACAUAGAGAUAUCAAACCUGAGAAUUUAAUUUUGGAUGAUUAAGGUUAUGUUCGGAUUACUGAUCUUGGUGUAGCUGUUAAAAAGACUGGCUAAAAUUUUGAAACAAGUGGCACUCCUGGUUAUAUGGCACCUGAAGUCAUAUUCAGAUAAGAUCAUAGAGAGUCUGUCGAUUUUUUUGCUUUGGGAGUAAUUUGCUAUGAAUUCAUGACAGGAAGAAGGCCCUAUUAUGGAAAUAGAAGGGAAAUUAGAGAAUAGAUCCUGGCUAAAUAAGUUUAAAUCCAAAGAUCAAAUGAAGGAUGGUCUAACAAGUCAAUUGAUUUCAUAAAUAUGCUGCUGUAAAGAAAGCCACAGAACAGAUUAAUAAAUCCAAGAUUGCAUAGAUGGUUUAAUAAUUUUUCAUUUGAAUUGCUUAUUCAAAAGUAAAUAAAGGCCCCAUUCAUUCCUAAUAACUAAGAUAAUUUUGAUAAAUCACAGAUGAUUUAUGAGGAUGAAGAAAACAAUUAAAUCAUAAAAUUGCAUCAACAUUUGAUACGAGAAAAUUAGGAAUAGUUUUAAGGAUAUUAACAUUAAGAAAGGACGCAAUAAUUUCUAAUAAAGUCUAAGAAGAGUACUACAAAAAACAAAAAUUAUUUUAAUAUAAUUGAUUGGCUUUAUUUAUUGUUAUUUUUUUAAAUCUUAUAAUUAUCGUUAUCUUCUACUUUUAUCGUAAGUUAGAAUCAAGAAUGUAAAAACUUGUUUAUUAAAGAAUUUUGGAAUUGGUUUUCUAUUUUUUGA